GUUGGAGGGGAGCGCGGCUCGGCUGGCGGGCGAGACAGCCGGCGCGGCUCGUCAUUGUUCUUCUGAGUCUGGUAUCGUGCGGACGCCAGAGAGCUUGUGACCUUCUGUGUGUUUGCCGCUGCCGCUUGCCAUGGAUUUGAUCAGAGAGUACGCCAGCUCCUCGUCGAGCAGCGACAGCGAGUCUUCGACCAGCUCUUCGUCGACCAGCUCCUCUUCGACGUCAUCAUGCUCCACCUGCUUGAAUUCAAGCUCCAGCACAUCGUCAAGCGCGACAUCGAGCUCGCCUGUGGGGAGAAGCUUCAGCGGGGAUACGAUCUGCCUCGACCACAGUUCGCUGGUGCGCGAAAUCGACGCCAUGGACUUCUAUGUCGAGACAAUGUUCAAAAUGCGAUGUAAGCCACGGUAAUACGUUACCGUGUGGCUCUCUCUAAGAUCUCUCUCCGCGAAAAGAACACGAAACGACAUAGAGCUGUUUUAUUUCAGUCGAUCAUCAACCGCGUAGCCGCCCAAUGCGGCACGACUCGCGACGUUUUGCUGCCCAAUGCAGCCGGUUUGUAUUUUAAAGGGUGAGUCCAAUGUGUGCUUAAGCGAGAAAUCGCUCUGUCCUUCCCUGUAUUUUAAAGUGCACUCGGCAUGAUUUGCCUUGCUGCAGCUGUAAAUAUCACGCUUGCAUGCUUUUGAGGUUAAAACGUGUUGAAUCUUGUCUGACGCGGCGGCCGCGCGGCGGCCGCACCGUGAGACGCGGGUAGGGCCGCGGGCGCGGGGAGAGGAGGAAGGGGUUCGUCGCCAGUCGUCGCCAGGCGCUGGCUCAGACAGGCGAGGGGCGGGUGGAGGGGGAAGGCUGUUUGCCGCGCGCUGUGCUGUUGCUACGCCAGGGACCGUCCGUCAGCAGGGGGCGAGUGUAAAUUCGUGGCUACGCGUGCAUGCGUGUGUGCGGUGUGUGCGUGUGUGUGCGUGUGCGCGCACACAGGGCUUGAGGGAAACAGCAAAACUAUCACGCCCGCCAGGCCGCCAGCCCCCUGGCCCAGGUCGGGGAAGAAGAAGUCCGCGAGAAGCAGCCGGCAUGCCGCCAGGUCGCGGACUAGGUCCGGACCAGGCCGGGGCAGAACUUCGACAGCAAUGUUGAACCAGGGGCAGGGCCAGGAGCCUAGUGUGGGAGGGGAGGGGGAGGAGAGUGGCGUCAAGACAACCGCAGGGGCGCGCACCUCGAGAAGCUUACAGGCGCACGGGGCUUCAGCUCAGGGGCGAGGGGUAGGCAAAUGCCGUGAUUAAUAGGUGUUUAAUAGGUGUUUGUGACUACUCUUUUUCAGUCGGUCAGCUGGGAGGCCCCAUUGUUGGCGGGCACCCCCGACAAGGCUGCGCAGUGCAUGAGAGAGGAUGCGGUGACUGUCAGCGCCCGCGAGCUUUCGUUCGGGACGGACGCGCAGGAUGGCUUCGAAGUGGAGAAUUUCUGUGAAAACUCACUGGAUAUGCCAGUUUUGGAGUGCUUGAACAAGACUUUAUUUGCUGAGGAGGAAGUGAUGGCGGACGAGCCGGUGCCUGAGGUGGAGCCGGUGGCUGAGGUGGAGCACGAGCCUGAGGUGGAGCACGAGCCUGAGGUGGUGCUGAUAGAGGAGGGUGCGGAGGAAGUUGAUGUCGCCAUACCUGAGGAAGUGUUCAAAAGAAAAAGAACGAGGGCAAGGAGACCCCCCACUCCAGCAGCAAGGCCUGCUGUGGCCCAAAAGGCAGGGCCUUCAUAUGUUCAAUCCUUGAAGCAGCAUCCUAUGGGGAAGGUCCCUGACCCCGUGUUCCAUUUACCACCACCCCAGCCCCACCAAGCACUAUUGGUUGAUAACGUGGAUAUGAGGGAUGUGCUAAACGCCAAGCGGGCUCGUAGAGCACAAGAAGAAGGGAAGAACAAGCGACAAAAGAAGGAGUGAUGUUAUUUUUUUGUAUUCUCCUUUUUUAUUUUUUUCUCUCUGCACAUUUUUUUUGUCUAUUUCAUUUGUGCUCUACUGAAUAUUUUGUACUCUAUUUUGUUUAUACUAAAACUUUUUCAUUGAAGAGCAUACCA